GAAAAAGUAUAUAAAGCGAAUUGCGUAGGUUGUAAAGUAUCAGUCAACUGUAAAAACAUGGCAAAAGAAAAAGUGUUCGUACUAUUUUUCAUCGGAAUAAUAAUUUUCGAUCUUCAAAUAACAAGUGUAUAUUCUAAACCUGGAGACAAAAAAGCCACUACUGCAUCAACCGUAAGAAAUCGUAAAACCACAGCUAGCAGCAGUACUACUCGGACUACUAGCGGUAGCACUGGAAAUGUAGGAAAUCGCAAACUUAAAGCUGUUAGCACCACAGCACAUAAUGAUCAACUUUCGAAUCAUUCACGGAUAAGCGUUGGGUUUGGUGAUGACGAUUCGGGCUCAUCAAUUUGUGGUUGCUGUAGAAAAUCAAAUACUAAUAGUGCAUAUCCACAUCCAUAUGGCCCUGCUGCCCCUAUUUCUACUGCACCAAGCACUCAAUCAGGUGACAAGCUAGCAGGUAUGGUAGGUUUUGCAAGAGUGGCUGGCGUUACUGGUGGCUGGGGAGGUGAAGUGGUGCAGAUCAAUACAUUGCAGGAUCUUAUUCAGAAUGUCGGCGACGGCUACCCUCGGGUAUUGAUGAUCAACAGCGACAUCAAAGCAUCAUCCCUGACCAAAGUUCAAAUGGGAUCGUCCAAAUCGAUCGUCAGUACUAAUGGAGCAAUGUUAUAUAACAUCUAUUUGCGUGCCACACCGUCGUCAUCGAAUAUCAUUUUCCAAAACUUGGCGUUUGAACAUUCGCCAAACAACAAAGGCAACGAUGAUAUUCAGUUAUAUUUGAACUAUGGCACCGGAUAUUGGAUCGAUCAUUGCUCUUUUGUUGGACACAAAUGGUCCCCCGAUGAUAGAAGUCAGGAUAAACUUCUUUAUAUUGGCCAAGAAGCAAGCUUAGCCACCAUAAGCAGCUGUUACUUCGGCAACCACAGGUACGGACUAAUCUUUGGACAUCCGGGGGAUGAUGAUAAUGUAGUGGCUGACGGUAAUACUCGCGUGACCAUCUACAAAAACCAUUUUGAAAACUUGGACGUUCGAGCACCGGGCCUGUUUCGUUAUGGGCAUUACCAUGUAUUCAAUAAUUAUAUUGAAAAUUACGGUCUGGGCUUCACGGUGGCAAUGAACGGCGACGUUGUUUCUGAGUACAACUAUUUCGGAAGUAGCACCACCAAGAAUGGCAUGUUAGAUGAUAAGGGUAAUGGAGCAUUUAUUGAUACCGGUAGCUAUCCACCUAUCACAAAUAUAAUAUCGCCAAGAGUCAGUUGGAAUCCUGCGUCAAUCUAUAGUUAUCAACCUGUAACUAAUGCAAAUCCUGGAAUGAUCAAAUAUCAAAGAAAAAGUAUCACAUCAGCUGGCUUCCAAUCCCCUAUAAUUCCGCCGCCAAUGCAACACAUGAUAUCUCCUCCAAUUUUUCCAAGUUUACCUUGAAAAAUCGCAUCAAAACUAGAACAUUUUCGUUUAAUGUUCGCCGUUAUAUCGAGCUUAUCUUAAAAAUAUAAAAAUGAGCAUUUCUUUUUAAAAACAAAAAUAAAUUAUGUGAAAUUCGUCGAUUGGCUCAUUGUUUGUGUUACAAUAAAAUUCUUUAUGUGAAAUAAUCACACGUG